AUGGCAGCAGCGAACAAUAUCGUCGAUGGGAGACAAUACUAUGAUGCGGCGGGUGUGUAUCUGUUGCCGAAUGACGCUUCAGAGCACGACCGUCUAGAUGGCCAGUCCCAAUCUCUAGUGGCCUUGAUGGGCGGCAAACCCUUCCACGCUCCGGUAUCAAAUCCAAAGAAGAUCCUAGACGUUGGGUGUGGCACGGGCGCCAUGACCUACCUGCUCGCACGAAUGUACCCGAAUGCUCAGGUGAUUGGCGUUGAUUUCUCUGCGGUCCCAGAUGGGAGGUACACCAAGAUGGAGAAUAUCGAGUACGUCCAGGCAGACAUCUUUGAACUCAUGAAGGAUCGCAAUGAUCCGAGGUUCGAAGCUGGGUCGUUUGAUUAUGUGUUUGAAAGGUUGCUUUUCAUGGGCAUGACCAAUUGGCCCAAGUACCUUUCUGACAUUUCCGGGCUAUUGAGACCGGGAGGUUGGCUCGAGGUUCAAGAAGCAUCCGUGAACUGCAUCAAGGCGGACGGCACACUAUUAUCCGAGACGUGGUUUCACUACCCCUUGUGGCGAGCGGAUGCUAACGCCGUCGGUCUUGAUCCAGAGGUUGGGCCUAAGCUCACCGGCCUCUUCAAACAAGUGGGCGGCCUAAGUGAGAUCCAUGAGACCGUGUAUAGGUUUCCUCCGGUGUCGAGGCCGGACAAACCUGAGCUGGACGGGCUGGGCGAUAAGAUCUUGCCGAUGUUGAGUGGGGUGUUGCGCAGAACCAGCAGUCCGAGGAGGAGUGCGGAGGAGAUGGCGAAGAUGGAGGAAGACUUGCGGUCCAUGUUUGCGGCGGGAUUCGAGGACGGGGAUGGCUACUCUUUCAAUGUUGUGAUCGGACAGAAGACGUCGAGUUGA